AUGGCGCUUCAAGGAAAGCUCAGUCAUCCAAAGCGAUUCAUCACCGCCAACAACGAACAUGGUCAAGCAGUUGUAGACGCCUCCGUCCCGGUCGAUGCGCCCUUCUACAGUCUACCCAAUGGGGAUGCCGCGUUCGCCCAGCUGUAUGUGACAAGAGGAUUCCCCACGCAGCUGUCCGACGGCGCCGACGUCCAGGUGUACCAAAACUACCUGCGUGACUCGCCAGGAUUGACCGUCUCCGACGGCACCGUGCUUCGCUACGUCGACAUGUGCCCCGGUCACCUCUCACCGAUGCACCGCACCGUCAGCCUUGACUACGGCGUUGUCCUGGAGGGCGAGGUGGAGCUGGUUCUGGGCUCUGGGGAGACAAGAGUCAUGAAGCGCGGGGACGUCUGCAUCCAACGCGCGACAAUGCAUGCGUGGAGGAAUCUUAGCCAGACCGAGUGGGCACGGAUGCUGUACAUUCUUCAGCCCACUCAACCACUUACCGUCGGUGGCGCAGAGGUAAAGGAGGAUUUGGGCACGAUGAAGGGCGUCAAACACUCGUCUUAG